AUGGCAAAGACAAGAGGUCGAAAACAUAAGGAAAAAAAACCUCAAUCACCAAAUAAUAUCAAUAAUGCCAACAACGAUACAAACAAUACUGAAGUAAAGAGAGGUCCGGGUAGAAAAAGAAAAUCAAACCCACCCGUUCCUGUUCCUACAGAACAACCCGAAACAAUAAAUACAGCCGAAAUGUUAUCAGCUGCCAAUGUAUUAUCAACAAUCCAAAAUAAUGAAGGCAAAGAACCUCAAAGGGGGAAAAGAAAGUUUUCUACUGGAAACGCAGGAAGCACAAACUCACUUUUAAGCUCCCCCGGAAGCUUAGAAGCAAGUCCGUCUAGACGUGCUCCGCAACCUAAACGAAUGAGAAGUCACUCGGCUUCAAGUAAUAUGGAUUCGUCUGAAGAUACACCUGUUAGGAUCUUGCUCGAAUUUGUAAACACACUAAGACCUGACCCACGACAAUUAUCUCGUGCAGAAUUACUUCGUGCUGGAACUUGGUUGUUUGAUGAACUUCUAACAAAGGCUUGCUCAAGACCAUUCAUUAAUCCUGUACCUGAUGACGCUGUCUUAUAUAGAAGUGUAAUUAGUCAUUUGAUGGAUUUGACUACAGCGGAAAAUAAGUUAUGGGCUGGACAAUAUAGGGAUCUUAAUAGUUUGUAUGCGGACAUCGUACAGAUUUUAUCUAAUGCCAUAACCUUUCAUCGUGAAGGUAAAAUCUAUGAUGAAGCAAAACAGAUGUGUGAUUAUUUUACUCAACAUCUAUAUCCACACCUUUCAAAUGUUGUCUUUGGGGAAGGCAAUAAAAUUUCUUUCUUUGACUCGAUGCCAUUACCUUCAGAAGAGAACUUCAAAAAUGGUUCUUUCGAAAAAAUUCAGUACUCUAAGUCCUUUAAGUUCUCUAUGCAUAGCCCCCUUUUUAUAUUAACGACCGUGAACAACAAAAAUCAUCAAACAGCUGCAAUCAAAAAAUCUCUUCCAUCAAAUGUACUUGACCGACUUUCAUAUUUAAAUCAAGGCCUAACCGAUCAUUUUAAUGACGGAAUAUAUCCAACGUCACCAAAUCUUGACGAAUCAACAUCCAAAAGAGAGUUUGUUCGAGUAUAUGUGACCAAAGGAGUGAGCACGCUUUCCGAAUGCAUUGAAAAUCCAUCGGCGGUAGCAAUCGUAAUGGGAAGAAUGAAAUUCAUGAGAAAAGAACGAUGCCUACGAUUUAGUGCAUUAAUAACAAAACCUUUUGGAAAGACUCAUAGCCUGGACACGUUCGAAUUCUCAGAUUUAAAUGACGCCAAGGGAUGGGUGAAAUGUGCAGUUUUAGGAAGAAGAGAUGGUAUUCAAUUAUCAAUGGCGACACAUUGGUUCGCCAAUAAACUAUUACCAUAUAGUAUGACAAGUAAUAUGGCCGAAUCACCUCCCGAAAUAGUCACGACUCCAAUUGUUACCGUUGACCAAAAGACCACACCAAAAAGCCAAAUUAAGGUAGAAGAAUCACAACCCGAUCACGAAAGUAACUUCAUAAAAACUGAAAAAAUAGAAAUAUCUACAAUCAAGAUUGAAAACCAAGAUGAUAUGUCCUUUUUAAUAAAUGAAGCCACUGAAACAUCUAUAAGUGAAUCUACAAACGAAAACGAAAAUGAAAGUACAAUUGGAUCGAUAAUUGAGAAUGUUCAAUCUCUCCAAUCUCAAAAAAUGCAAAAACGUCCACGGAGAUCCCAACGUGAAACGUAUGCAUAUUUAAAUAACCUUCCAAAGCGAAAGACCCGACAGCAAUCACAGUCCGAGUGGGUUGUUCCUUUAACAAACACUAAUGAAUCAUCAACCUCAUCAAGCCGGGGGGAUAUGAUCACCACUCCCACCACGCUACCGUCAACUCGAGUAAUUCCCACCGAAGGAUUCUGGCAAAAUUUAUCAAAUCUUUUCGGGUGGUCACCUUUCUCUGGUGAGAGAGUUGAGAAUGAAAGAUGA